AUUUUGACCGUUUUGUGAUUUUUAUCCUUAAUAAAACAAACUGCAUACAAUUUAUUUAAAAAUAAAUUAUGUCAUAACUUUUAAUUUGUCCCACAAAAAUUAUUUUUUGCAGAAUUUUUAAUUCACUUUUUAACUCAGAACCAUUUUUAAGUAUAAAAUUUUUAAAGAACCAGUAACGGUCAAAAUGAUCGCUUUGGGCGUUCUAGGUCAUGAAAAUUUUCGAGCGUUCUAGUGUUAAAUAGUCUUUCGUUCAAAAGUAAAAUAGUAAAGAAAUAAAGUAGAAAAGGAGUAAAGCAGGAAAUAAGAGAGCAAAGAAUUUUGAAAUGCUCUCUAACUUUUUUCUAAUAUAAAAACUAGUAACAGUUAAUAAUGAUACUAUUUAUUAUAUAGGUUUACUAAGUAAUUGUAAUUGAAUAGGUUUUUUGCCGAUUUAGAGUGAAUUUUUUAGUCAUACAUUUAAAUAGACUGUCUACGAGUUAUUAAAUGUCUGUCUUCGUUGAUCUAGAUAUAAAAUUUCUUACAAAAAUUAGUUUUUCUUUUUCUUUUAGCUGGUUUAUUAUGAAAGAUACAUAUUUAACGUACAUCAAUCCGUCAACAUAUGAAAUACGUUUUCCAAUGUUAGUUGAUCGUGCAUUUGAAUUUGAAACAGGUCUUAAACAUACAGGUACACAACACGGUAUUAAAGUAACAAAUUUACAACGAUCACUUGUCGUCAAAUUGAGUAAAAUUUGGCUUAAAAAGAAAUCUUCUCAAAUAUAUUCAAGUCGGUUUGUUUUUUUACACAGACUGGUGGAUUUGGGUGAGGAAAAUGUUCGAACGUUAAAAUCCCCUGCAGAAAUUGCGGCUGAAAAUUUGGGAAGCAAAAAAGAGCCGGUGGAAGCAUCAAAAAAAAUUAUCACAGAAAUGGCAGAAGAUGCUGGUGUUACACAAUCAUUGGGUUCCGAGGAAAUGGGAGCAAAUACGGGACCUAGAAACAAAUUCGAAUAUGAACAUCCUGUAGACAGAAAAUAUGCCGAAGCAAAUAUUCGAGAGAGUAUAAAAGAUAAUAUAAGACAGGUAGAAAAUAAUAAAAUUGAUGAAAAAUCUUCUCUUCUUCGUAUCAUUAAUAACGAUAAAUAUGAUACAAUUUCAUCAACGAGUCAUACAUCUCAAUCUCAGCCAGAAAACAAACGAUUAAUGAGUGAAAAACUCUUAAAAUUUUAUCGACAACAAAUACAUUGUGCGUGUACUUUAGCAACAGUUGAAAUAGUUUAG